AUGAGAGUCCAAUUGCUUCAGGCUGCCCUGUUAUUCACGGCCGUCCAUGGCCAGAUCAGUUCUCAGAUUACAACGCAUGAUCUGAGCUUUGAUGGUGCAGCUGCCGUCAGUCUAAUUUGGGGCUUAAACAGGGAAGCGGCUUCAACUUAUAAUUUUUAUCUCUGUGCCGGUGACGAGACAACAGAUUCAUAUGACACUCUAUCGCAAGUCAUCAACAAUGGUGCCUAUGCUCCUGGUGACAGGGUGUCAUUUCAAGUCGACCAAAGUGUUGGUGGAAAUGAGCCCAAUGCAUAUUUUCUCAAGAUAGUUCGGUCAGACCCUCAUAGUUACUGGUCCGGGUUCACUUCUCAUUUUACUUUGACCAACAUGAAAGGUACCUUCUCGACCAAAGUAACAGAUGCGAUCAAGACAAUGCAGCCGAUUCCCGCCAUCGCUAUUCCAUGGCCUAAGGUCAAAGACGAUGGCCAUAUCGCCAAGGCCGCAGAAUUCACUUCAAUUUUCAACACCUCAAGUCUCACCACGAGUUCCUCAAUCGAAACGGCCUUGCAGUUCCCAACCCCAACCGUCAAAAGCGAAGCCGAGCACAACGAGUUGCGCAAAAGACAGGUGACUGCUGUCGAUGCUGCAAUUGACCAGCAUACUAUCCCAUACGGUGAGCAGACCGGCUCGGUCAAAUAUGCCCCAAUGCCCAAGAGCGCUGGGACCACUGUCGCAACCAGAUCACCCACUCCUCAAUAUCCGCCUUUCCCGUUCUCCAUUGCGACCACCUACCUUGGUGCGCCGACUGUUCAGUACACUGAUACGGCUUUUGCGACAUGGACAGCGAACAGCAUUGAGAACACAGCCGCGCCCGCUCCUGCGCCCACAUUAGACAAGAGAAUACAGAGGUGGUUGGACCGUUGGAAUGAUUGA